AUGAUGUCCUCCUCCGGGGGCAGUGUGCUCCGAAGGGCUGCUGUCAUACUCCUGCCAAGACCAAACUGGAAUCGAAGUUGUGUGUGGUGUCCAUGCAGGAACAUUUCUGUUAAACCGGGUGGCCUGAAACCAAAGACUGUUCCUGCUCGCUACCUUGGCCAGCCGAGCCCUUUCACUCAUCCGCAUCUCAUCAAACAUGGUGAGGUGACGCCUGGCCUGAGCCAAACGGAAUAUGAACUCCGUCGACGCCGGCUAGCAUCACUCAUCGAGGCCCAGUCGGAUAAGCUUGGACCGUCGGCCUCCUCCAGUACUCAUGUGCUCAUCAUUUUAUCCCAUCCGACCCGUUACAUGACUAAUGACAUACCCUAUCCUUUCCACCAGAACCAGGACUUCCUCUACCUGUGUGGCAUUUUGGAGCCCGACAGCGCUCUCGUUCUGUAUGGGAAAGGUCGACCAGACCAGGCCAUCCUAUUUGUCCCUCGCAGAGACCCAGGCAGGGAACUGUGGGAUGGACCGCGAUCAGGGAAGGAUGGGGCUGCUGCUUUGACUGGCAUAGAAAGGGUACAUAGCACGGAAGAACUUGGAAUGGUGCUCAAAAGCCUUAAAGGCUCUACACUAUGGUAUGAUAGUUCUCAACCAUCCCACCCUCGACUCCACCAAGCACAUGUCGGUCCCGUCCUGGCGACAGGGCCAGUACCGCGCCCGUUAAGUCCACUCAUUCAUUCACUCAGGGCUCUCAAAAGCUCAUCAGAAGUGGCCCUCAUGCAGGAAGCAGGUCGCAUCACAGCGCAGGGUUUUCGGAGGACAAUGGCUCUAUCGCAUGGUGACGUAGAUGAGGCUGUGCUCUUUGCUAAGUUUGAUUUUGAGAACCGCAUUCAUGGUGCUAAUUUCCUGGCCUAUCCGCCCGUGGUUGCAGGAGGGAAUCGUGCCAAUACUCUGCACUACAUUAACAACAACCAAAUAAUUAAGGAUGGUGAAAUGGUGCUUCUGGACGGCGGUUGCGAAUAUUUUGGUUAUGUCAGUGACGUGACUCGAACAUGGCCAGUAAAUGGGAAAUUUCGCGCUCCCCAGGCGGAACUUUAUGAAGCUGUCCUGGAGGUCCAGCUCUCCUGUUUAUCUCUUUGCUCCCCAGGUGUCAGUCUUGAUCACAUUUACAGUACCAUGCUAGCGCUUUUGGCAAGACAGCUCAACCGUCUCGGCAUCAUCAAGGCUGGGAGUAGCGAUGCUGAUUUACUAAAGGCUGCAAGGCGGUACUGCCCCCAUCAUGUUGGACAUUACUUGGGCAUGGAUGUCCAUGACACUCCAGAAUUGUCGCGGUCACAACCUUUACAGCCUGGAAUGACCAUCACAAUAGAACCAGGGUUGUAUAUUAGUGAGGAAAAUGAGCAGGCUCCCGAACAUUUCCGCGGCAUGGGUAUCAGGAUUGAGGAUGACGUGCUGAUUCGGGAUCAGGGAGGUCCAUUGAUUCUAUCUUCUGACGCUCCAAAGACCAUUGCUGAUGUAGAGUUGGCCUGUGCCCAGAGGUAG